CGUGACCGUAUUGGUAUGUCACAUGUCAGCUGUUCCUCAGCUGAUCGGAAGUGCAAUCGAUAGCUGCUUGUUUGCUCAAACCUGUUACGGAAAGCCAUGGCUGAGGCCAUAGCAGACACGAGAAGGCUGUAUACUAAACCACAAAACCUGAGCGAUGCGUAUGGGCCACCGAGUAACUUUCUAGAGAUUGAUGUUUCCAACCCCGAGACGGUUGGCGUCGGUCGGAACAGGUUCACGACAUAUGAGAUCAGACUGAAGACAAACCUCCCUAUCUUCAAGCUGAAGGAGUCACGUGUCCGGAGGAGAUACAGCGACUUUGAGUGGCUGAGAGGAGAGCUGGAGAGAGAAAGCAAGGUGGUAGUUCCUCCUCUUCCUGGAAAGGCUCUGAUCAGGCAGCUCCCAUUCCGUGGGGAUGAUGGUAUAUUUGACGACUCUUUUAUCGAAGAACGGCGGCAAGGUUUAGAACAGUUCCUCAACAAAGUGGCUGGUCAUCCAUUGGCCCAAAAUGAGCGCUGCCUGCACAUGUUUCUACAGGAUGAGUCAGUGGAUAAAAACUACACCCCGUCCAAAGUUAGACAAGCCUGAACCGGUCUGGACUCUAUAUAUACACACACACACA